AUGAGGUCAUCACCAUGUUUUAGGUGUCUGUUCCAACGCUCGCUGCGGCGUCCAACACACGCCCGUUACCAAAGAACACCUCUCUCAUCCACCUCACCCUCACCAUCUUCCUCAGCUUCCUUCCACAGCUCAAGAAGCCUUCGCCAAAACCCUGUCGAGACAGCCCCUGAACAUCUCCAACCUCCCCCUGUGCAACGACCAACAACAGCCCCUAAGCCGGUCAUCGACCUCAAGCACAUCCGGCAAAACCCAGAGCUCUACGCCCAAAACUGCCUGGACCGCAACUACAAAGCCGCCGCGACCUACCCAGCCCGCAUCAACGAGCUCUUCGUCCAAUGGCAAGCCAAGCAGCGCGAGGGCCGCGGCCUGCGCGAGCGCGGUAACCUCCUGCGUCGUCAGUUGGCCGAUCCAAACAGCAGCAUCGACGACGGGAGCGGGGAUGAUGUCAACGGGCUAAAGGGCAUGAGCCGUGAGCAGCUGCUUGAAGAGGCGCGCAAGAUCAAGGCCGAGUUAGCGGCAAUCGAGGAGGCAGAGUCCUCGCUUGCAGAUGAGAUGCAGCGCCUGGCGCUGGCGAUCCCAAAUCUCACUAGCAAGCAUACGCCUGUUGGGGACGAGCCUCGCGUGCUGAGCUUUAUUAAUGAUCAUCCUGAACCGGGGCCGGAUCCAUCUGAUCGAGUAUGGAAGUCGCAUGCGCAUAUUGGGGCUGAGCUUGGGAUAUUUGACUUUGCGGGAGCUGCGACAGCUUCUGGCUGGGGAUGGUACUAUCUUCUCGACGAAGCAGCCCAGCUCGAGCAAGCCCUGGUCUCGUACGCCCUCACAGCCGCCACGCGGGCAGGCUGGCGCCAGGUUAGCCCGCCCAGCAUGGUCUACUCGCACAUCGCAUCCGCCUGCGGGUUCCAGCCGCGCGACCAGAACGGCGAGACCCAGAUCUACGCGAUCGCUCAAUCCGCUGAGGACGCUGCCCGCGGCAAGCCAGAGUGGUGCAUGGCUGGUACCGCCGAAAUUCCUCUGGCGGGUAUGAAAGCCGACACGACCAUCGACGAGGCCUCUCUGCCCAUGAAGCUGGUAGCCGCCUCACGCUGCUACCGCGCCGAAGCCGGUGCGCGGGGUUCCGAGACCAAGGGGCUGUAUCGCGUCCACGAGUUUACGAAGGUCGAGCUGUUUGCUUGGACGCAUCCCGAUGAGGGCCUGACAGAGGAGGUUUUCAACGAGAUGGUCGAUCUUCAGACUGAGAUUCUGCAAUCGCUGGGCUUGCACUGUCGCGUGCUGGAGAUGCCGACCACCGAUUUGGGCGCUUCCGCGACGCGCAAGAUCGACAUCGAAGCAUUCUUCCCAUCCCGGAGGGAGAGGAACGAUGGCUGGGGCGAGGUGACUAGCGCGAGUAUUUGCACUGAUUACCAGACCAGGAGGCUGGCGACACGGUUGAAAACGGCAAGUGGCAAGCUGGUGUACCCUUGGACCGUGAACGGAACGGCGCUGGCUGUUCCGAGGGUGUUGGCGGCGAUAUUGGAGAAUGGAUGGAAUGAGGAGGAGAAGUCGGUGACGAUUCCGGAGGUGCUAAGGCCUUGGAUGGAAGGGAGGGAAAAGAUUGGACCUAGGGUGAGGUAG